AUGGCUCGGGGAGUCUGUUUCCUCUCCCAGACUGGAGUUGGAAUCAUCGGUAACUCCCUCCUCAUCCCCUUCUACCUCUUCUCACUCUUCUUGGGUUCCAAGCUAAAGCCCACAGAACUGAUCAUCAUCCACCUGUCCUUGGUCCACAUCGUGAUGCUUCUAACCAGGGGGAUCAUCAUAGCAGGAGACAUGAUACGGCUGCAUCUAGUACAGUCGGAUGUUGAGUGUAAGUGGUUCUCCUAUCUAUGCCGCAUCACCAGAGGCCUCUCAAUCUGCACCACUUGCCUCUUGAGCAUGGCCCAGGCUAUCACCCUCAGUCCUACCAAUUCCUACUUGUUCAACCUGAAAGUUCAAGUGCCAAACAUCACCCUCCCAGUCUUAGGCAUCAUGUGGAUUCCAAACAUGCUGAUAAGCACCAACCUCCUGUUCCAAAUGGCGGCCUACCAAAAUUCAACCAACACUGAUAAUAAUUGUUACCUUGUGCCUAUCAACACACUCCUCCAGGGACUGAUUCUCACCUCCAUGGCUCUCCGCGACAUCUUAUCUCUAGGGCUCAUGAGUUGCUCCAGUGGCUACAUGGUCCUUCUCCUUCACCGACAUAGUCACGAAGUCCAGCAUCUUCACAGCCCCCAUCAAGCCCCUGAAGCAUCACCAGAAAGACGAGCAACCCAGACCAUUCUGCUGCUUGUGAGUGGCUUUGUGGUCUUCUACUGUGGCGACUUUGUUCUUUCCCUGUUACUAGGUACAUCCAUGAAGAACAAUGCUGCCCUAUUGAAUGCUAGCAUGUUUGUGGUCAGUGGAUAUGCCACUGCCAGUCCCUUUGUGUUGCUCACCUGUGACACGAAAGUCAUCAGGUUUCUAGGUGAUUUUCUAGGAAUAAUGCCCUCAAAUCAUCUCAGACCAUGCUGA